AGAACAAAUUGUGUACAACAUAAAACAAGAAUACAAACGCAUGCAGAAAAGGAGACACUUAGAAAAUAACUUCCAGCAAACAGACCCUUGUUGUUCUACUGAGGCACAGCCACAUGCAUUUCUCCUUACUGGACCAGCUUUGCCAGGUACUUCAUCUGCAGCAUCAUCACCAUUGAAAAAAGAACAGCCACUGUUUACUCUGAGACAAGUUGGAAUGAUCUGUGAGCGUCUCCUGAAAGAACGUGAAGAGAAAAUCCGUGAAGAGUACGAAGAAAUCUUGACAACAAAACUUGCAGAACAAUACGACGCAUUUGUGAAGUUCACGCAUGAUCAAAUCAUGCGACGAUAUGGAGAACAGCCUGCCAGUUACGUUUCAUGAAUUACAAUUUCUUCUGCAUAUGUGGGCUGCCCUAUACACCCUGUUUUAUUGUUGCAAGCUGUUCCAGUAAAGACUUGCAGCAAUGCCAUAUUUUUCCCCCUGUGAACACAGAUUAUUUCAAGCUUUUGUCAGUGGCAACCACUCUUAUGCAGCAACUGGUUUUGGAGUGCUCCCUGUCAGUACCACCUGGAUGUGGACCUUUGCUACCUGUAAUAAUACCAGUGGCCUCAUUUGCUGUAUCAUUACAAUUUGGCUUCUUAUGUUAAUGAGUUUGAAAAAGUAAAGGAUUAAAGCUGGUGUUCUAGAAGUUGCCCUUCACUGGUUGUGUAAAUAAAAAUGUAGAAUGACACUUCUGACUGAAGUUAGUGUGGUUUUCAUAACUGUGCACUACAACAAAGCUGUAAUCACAGUUAAGUUAGAAUGUAAUCCCAGGACAAUUUUAAGCAAAUAGCCCACAGUACUGCCUGUGAAAUAGUGAAGGAGGGCAUUUCUGUAUUCCAUGACUUUUUUUGGGGGUUAAGAAUGGGUUUAUAUGAUUUCUCAUUUUUGUAGUUUUUAUUUAUUCUAUCAGUCUUUAACAAAUGUUUAUUGCUGCAAUUUUUCAGUGUAUCAUUGUUUUACUGCCCUUGUAGUACUGGAAUUUAGUUGGAAGAAUAAAACAUUUACUUCUAA